UAUAGAUAUCAAUUUGACAAUUCUUUUAAUUUCAAUUUGUCAUUUGUACAUGCCAUUUGUUCUUUGCUGGUUUUAUGAAAAGAAUCAAACUCUAUGAAUGAAAUAUGUUUUGGCUUUGUUUACCAUUUGCAAUGUUUUGGCACUUCCACCAUGCAACGAGGACAUUCUAAUGAAAUACCUGGCCAAUAUGCAAAUAAUUAAUCCAGAAAUGAUUAUAAACCUGUCCACACUCGACAGCUUACCUAAACUAUGCGAUAAAAUUGCGGAAAAUUUAAAUCAAUUAAGUACAUAUUUACAGUCAUGCACUCCCUUCGAACAUAGUUUAUUUACCAAGUUAAUUCAAGGAGUCGACACACUUUAUAAUAAAUUAUGUACAAACACCAAAUUUGCUCGAGACUUCAUAAACCAUCACAACUGCCUUCAUACAUCUAGAGAUGCAUUUGUAGCAUGCAAUGGACCCGAGGAUUGGAUUGAAAAUAGUAACAAUGAAAUAAUAUGCGAGUAACUGGCGGUGUUUGAUUUAUACAAACAUUAACAGAGUGCUUUUAUAGUUCUUACAAACGCAUACUAAAUUGUUACUAUAAUGAAACACUCGCUCACUGUGGAAACUUAGCUGCAAAAAAUAUGGCAGAGCUUACAACAGAAGUUAUUAAUAGUGUACUAGUAA